GGAGAGCCGCAGAGGAGGAGCAGCCGCAGAGGGAGAGCCGCAGAGGAGGAGCCGCAGAGGAGCAGCCGCAGAGGGAGAGCCACAGAGAGCCGCCACCAUGAGGCCUCCGCCCGUGAACCUUCAGCUCCAGCCCUCCUCCAAAACCUCCAAAACCUCGUCUAAAACCUCUCAAAAGGUGCAGCUGAUCCACAAACUGUUUUUAUUGGAAAAUGCCCGUAAUGAGCUCAACAAAGAAUUGGACAAAGCCGCAAAAAAGGCUUAUGAAGAGGUCAAGGCGUUUUUGAAUGUGUCUCUCCCAACCAGUGCAUUCAAGAGUCUUUCAGAAACUUUGGAUGCAACAUGUCAAGCUAUUGAAAAUCUAUCUCAAAUGCUUAGGAACUUUAAAUUUGCAUCACAAGAAGAUUUGGACCAACAUAACAAAAUGGAUCACAACCAGCCAGUCAAGGAGAGGGAUGCCUUCAAAUUUGGGCUGAGGUUUCAGGAAAUGCAUAUUACAAGAUCUGUUGGCAGAGCUGUUCAAGUGCUCGGGGCCAGUCUGCCCUUUCAGCAUUUUAAGCAUUUGAUAAUUCCACAAAAAACUACCAAGAAUACAGUAAACAUUAACCAAGCCACAUCUCAAGUCCAAGAGAAGAAUUCAGUUUGCAGUGCUGCAUGUAGCACUGGGCAAGAAAUUGAAAUUCAGAAGGAAUUGGAGGAAAAAAAUGUGGAACAAGGCUCAUCCCAUGAAGCGAUCCCUCUACCUGCUACUUGUGAUAUUAUCAAAACAAAUGCUCACAAGUUACUGCUACCACCAAUACCUGUUAUACCUCCAGCAGCUACCUCCAAUGAGCCUCAUGUCCAUGUCCCUACAAUGAAAUGGGGACGUGAAGAUGAUAUCCAAGUACAACAUCAAAAACAAACCUCCUCUCAGCUUCUGCAGUUUCUCAAAGUUAAGGCUAAAACCACAGGUGCGCUCAAUGUCACUUUUGUGGAGUGGAGUAACAGUUUUUUAGACCUGCCAACGCCAACAUGUUCAUUGCAAAACACUCCUAAACAAGCAUACAAAUUCAAACAAGAUGCUGAAUGGCCCCCGGGUGUGUUUUUUGAAAUUGAAAACCUCACACCGCUUUUCAGGCUAAAACGAAUGGACGCAAGCGGCUCUUUAACCUAUACCUGUACGAUUGCGACGAAGACUGAACUCUGGGACUUUGGAGACAUAGUAGUUACAGAUUUUGAGUCUGAAAGCAGCUCAGUGUCCAGUGAAGACACAGCUCUGGUGAUGCCCUGUGAUGACACACUUCAGUGGGCUGAUGCUGCUAUGCACAAUGAUGCCACUAGUGUAAACGUGCACACAGGGAAUGCUUUAACCAUCCCUGACUUUCAAAAUAAGAGAUUUGAAGAGAUUGAAGUCGUAGUGUCUCACAUUGUAAACCCGGGUCAGUUCUACAUUCAACAUGCAGAUGCAAAGGAAAAACUGCAGACUCUUACCACAGAAGCCUUGAAAAACAGUGACUCAUUUGCAAAACAGAACUGCAUUCCAGACAUUGGCACUAAAGUUAUGGGCUGGUUUCCUCAACAGAAGCAGUGGUGCAGGUCUCAGGUGACAAAGAUCUGUGGGAUAAGUAAAGAUGAUAUCAACAACAGCACUAAGGAGAUGUCCAUCACUGUGGAGGUGAAGAGGCUGGACUAUGGGGACUCCUUCUGUCUGUGUCUGUCAGAUAUAAAGGAGCUGACCUCUGAAAUGGUCGUCCUGCCGCUCCAGGCUGUACAAGUCUCUUUAGCACAUGUGUGGCCUGUGAACGGCAGAGGCUGGUCUGAGCAGGCGGUGGAUUGGUUCAGAGACAUGGUGCACGAGAGGACCCUUUACGCCAGACUGUACCCAGAGGGGCACAGGGUCACAGCCGAGCUCUUCCUGGAAAAGGGGAACAUCCAAGCCAUGAGGAGAGGAGCUUCCCUUUCACUGAGACUGACCCAGAAUGGACACGCAAAACAUGACAAACUAAAGAACGGUGUUGGUUCUGUGCAACCUAAAAUGAAGAAAAAAGACUUGGAAUGGGAGAAAUAUCUUAUCUCGUGCUAUACUCAAAACCUGGAGUCGAAAAUGAACUGGGGUUCCUUUUAUGCCGUUAUCAGCGGCGUAAACAGGCACUCUACAGGAAUUGGACGCAUUUGGCUUUCUGUCAUUUUCAUUUUCCGAAUCCUGGUGCUGGUGGUUGCAGCAGAGAGUGUGUGGGGGGACGAGAAGUCUGGCUUUAUCUGUAACACGCAGCAGCCCGGCUGUAACAGCGUCUGCUAUGACCAGUUCUUCCCCAUUUCCCACAUCAGGCUGUGGGCGCUUCAACUCAUCCUGGUGUCUACUCCGGCCCUGCUGGUGGCUAUGCAUGUGGCCCACCGGCGACACAUUGAGAAGAAGAUCCUGAAGAGGUCUGGCCGCGGCAGCCCACGGGAACUCGAACGCAUCAGGAGCCAGAAGUUUCAGAUCACCGGAGCCCUGUGGUGGACUUAUAUGAUCAGUAUUAUCUUCAGAAUCCUGUUUGAGGUAGCCUUCCUCUACAUCUUCUACUUGAUCUAUCCUGACUUUAAAAUGGUGCGUUUGGUGAAGUGUGACUCCUACCCCUGUCCCAACACUGUAGACUGUUUCGUCUCCAGACCCACAGAAAAGACUGUGUUUACCGUGUUCAUGCUGGCUGUGUCUGGAGUGUGUGUGCUGCUCAACCUGGCCGAGGUGCUCUAUCUGAUCGGACGGGCCUGCAAACGCUGCUUCUGCAGAUCUAAGGACGAGUCCAAGGCAGACUGGAUCACCCAGAGAUUGUCGUCUUAUAAACAAAAUGAAAUCAAUCUGUUGACGGAUCAGUCUCUCAAGUCAAAGUUCACUGUGACUAAAAAGAGUCCGACUGAAAAGGGCGAGAGGUGUUCAGCCUCUUGACUCUCGGAAGUGAACUUAACUCCGCGGCCUUGAUCAAAACCUUAACUACGACACUGUACAAGGCUGCAGAAUGUCACCACGUUUAAACUGAGACGAAAACAAAAUCAAUGGUUUACAGA